CUUCCAUUCACUGCUCGAACGUUCACCACCAGCCAAAUGGGACCGUCUCUGGACUUUGGGACGCCAAUCAACACGGCCUUGCUUGUUUACAUUCUGUACUCGGUACAGAAAAUCAUAUUCCCGCCAUUACCCGACCUAGCACCCAAGUCAGUCCCAACGGAAUUCAAGGACGGAUACUCAUGGAUGCCCAAGUCGCAUCCUCCGACGCUCUUGUACCAGACUUACACACCCAAGUCACUUGCAAAGUAUGACGGAAAGGACGGUGGUCGGAUUUUACUGGCCAUUAACGGUAUGGUGUUCGAUGUCACGGCCGGACGGAGUUUCUACGGACCGGACGGAAUGUAUGGCAACUUUGCAGGAAGAGAUGCUUCUCGUGGGAUGGCGAAGCAGUCUUUCGCUUUGGAAAUGCUGACUCCAGUAGACCAGCCGUUAGACAAGCUAGAAGACCUUGACCAAGAAGAAAUCGAGAAUAUGAGGGGUUGGAUCGAACACUUUUCGAACAAGUACGUGAUUUGCGGAAGGGCUGGUAGAGAACGAUGCUGUAUAAGUAUGGUUCUGGAGGGCAAUAUUACUGUCCGCUUGUCCGUCCUCUGGAUGUCCUUGUGUAUUAGUUGUUCGUCCCUUCAUUACAGUAGCACGAGAUUGUUUGUACUUGACAUGAUCAUCACCUUCCCUGCAAAAACACCCUUCGAUGG